AUGGUUCGCAAUUAUAUUCGCAAAUCUCAGAGAGGAUCCGGAUACUCAAAAGAAGAUCUAAGGACUGCUGUAAACAUUGUAAAGAGUGGACAAAUGAGUAUUUACAGAGCUAGCUUGAUGUAUCGUAUUCCAAAAAAUACACUUUCGGACCAUGUAAAAGGGCGCAGAGGUCAGAAAAGUUCAACCUAUGGUAGAAGGACAGAUCUCAGUUUUGAAGAGGAGACGUGUCUGGCAGAUUGUAUCCGCUGUAUGGAGAAGUGGGGAUUCGGUCUAACCAGAAAGGAAUUGCUCGGGAUAGUGGAAGAUUAUGUUAAAACGAAUAAAAUUAAAACGCAGUUUAAAAAUGACAAACCAGGUGAAGACUGGUUUUUAAAUUUUAAAUGUCGUCACAAGCUUUCUAUUAAAACACCUCAAAGCGUCGAAUUUGCCCGAAAAAAGAAUGUUGAUCCGUUUUUAGUCAACCAGUACUUCGAUUUAUUAGAAAAUACAAUCAAAGAACUUGGAUUAGAGGAUAAACCAUCUCAGAUAUGGAACUUAGAUGAGAGCAGUUUUUGCUCAGACCCUUCAAAAACGAAAAGCGUUGGGCAACGGGGACUGCCAGCUACACGGACAACAAGUGGGCCUGGAAAACAGAAUACCACUGUCUUAAUGUGCUGCAGCGCAAGCGGAGAAAAGGCGCCUCCCUUAAUAAUUUUUAAGGGCAAGCACGUCUGGGAUCAGUGGCUUGCACCCCCUGGUAGCGAGUUUCCCGAAAUGACAUAUGCAGCAACCGCCAACGGAUGGAUGGAAAGCACAGUUUUUAAAAACUAUUUUGAAAAAAGUUUCGUUAAGUGUUUGCCUCCAGAAAGACCAGUCUUAGUAAUUUACGAUGGUCAUGCGACUCAUUUAAGUGUAGAAGUUGUUAGAAUUGCUAUCGACAACCAGAUAACAAUUUUAAAACUUCCCCCACAUACCAGUCACAUUUUACAACCACUUGAUUUAAGUGUUUUCAAAUCCCUAAAAACUCGAUGGGAUGCUAAACUAGUAGAAUGGCAGCGUAAGAACGUGGGUAUUAAGAUGCCGAAGAGUAUUUUUUCAAAACUUAUUGGAGAUAUAUGGAGAGAAACAAAUCCUGAAAUACUUCGAAGUGGUUUUGUUAAAGCUGGGAUUUACCCGCUCAAUCGGAAUGUUGUACCGACAGAUUUAUUUGAUCCAGUGUCAUUCACAAAGUGGAAGGAAUUACAACUACGUCAAGGCACUUCUAUGCAUAUCGACACAAUUCCCAAUCAAGCCGGCCCACCAGCGAUUCAGAUCUUGCAUACGGAGCCUGAAUCAUCUACUUCGCUUGCAAUCUGUGGACAGGAAAACGGUUCUUUGCCAGAGACCUCUAUUAGUUUUGAAGACAUAUUACUUAAAUCUGUAAAACGCGACUAUAUCCCUGUAAAACAAUCAAAGAAAAGACUUUGUGCGGGAGCACAAAUCAUAACACAAAAAAAUGUUCAAGAAACAAAAAAAGAAAAUUUAGUAAAAAAGAAGCAAUCUUUAAAGAGAAAUAAAAUAGAAUGCUACAGCUCAGAUGAAAGUGAUGACAUGGAAUCAUUCAAAAGUGACAGUAGUGAGGAUAGGAUAACAGAGUUUGAUGAAUUUUCAGAAUCCGAUGAAGAUCUGCAUAGUCAACAAAAUAAAAAAAUACAAGACACCAAUAAAAAUGAAAUUUUAAAACUUAUGAACGGUGACUUUAUUUUAGCAAACUUUUUUGAAAACACAUCUUCGGAUGAGGAACAAGAACCUCCUUGUCGCUCAGUUGGACGGCCACGAGUGCCAUUUGAAGAGGCAUCGAAGAAAACAAAACGAAGACGUGUAGCCGAACUAACCACAGACAGAUCUGCAAAUGAACUUCAAUUUGCUGUAAAUGUCGUUUCUGGAAGCAAUCACAGUGAGGUCUCGCCACAAAUUUUGAGUUUUAGUACAGCUGAAGCUUUAGCCCUUAUGGUAGAUUUGGAUAUAUCCAUAAGAAAGUAUUUGCUACUUAGGUCUGUUAUUAAUGAAGUUGAUUUGCAAGAACUUGUACAGAAAACAGCUGAAAGUAUCCUUGAAAUAAUAAAUUUUGAAGAGAGAGAUUGCCGGAUUAAAGUGAUAUGCAAGUGGGGAUUUGAUGGCAGUUCUGGGCAUAGCCAAUAUAAGCAGAAAUUUUAUGAUUUAGAAAACACCGACGAAUUUCUAUUUCUUGUAGCAAUGACGCCACUCAGAUUGAUUGAUAUGGAAACGAAUAAGGUAUUGUGGAAAAAUGAGAGCCCAUCAUCUACUUUAUAUUGUAGGCCGAUCAAGUUUUUAUUUAAAAAGGAAAAUGCUGAUUUAGUGCGGAAUAUGGAAAAGGAAAUAAUAACAAAAAUUGAAAAUUUGAUUCCUAUUGAGAUUAAAACAAAAGAAGGUCACUCUUAUAUAAUUGAAGUUGAUAUGAUGUUAACAAUGUUGGACGGCAGUGUUGGAAACGUUCUAUGA